AUGUCAAAUUGCCGAGAACCCAGAGGGGGUUUUGAAUGGAAGGAUACUGAUGCCAACGCAUACCAACAGAAUGCCGGGGCAUUUCGAAGAGGAAUCACCACGGAUGAGGCCAUGGAAUAUUACUCUCAAUACUGCCAUCAGUAUGAAGAGGUUCUCUGCCCAGGGCGGUACAACGGUCCCCGGAUAGCUGCUGAUGCUAUGGCCCGAUACUACCCCCGGGACAGGGAGCAGAAGAAGAUCAUUGACAUCGCUGCAGGGACGGGAUUUGUGGCUGAAAAUUUGAAGGCCCAUGGCUUUAAGCACGUCGACGCCCUGGAACCAUCGACUAGUAUGCUUGCCAGGGCUAAAGAGAAAGGCCUGUAUGAAACGCUCUUCGAAAACAUGUUGACAGAAGAUCCUUUACCGAUAGAAACUGAUACGUACGACUGUGCUGUUGUUUGUGGUGGAUUUGGGGAAGGACAUAUUCCUUGUUCUGGAUUAACGGAACUUCUCCGGAUCACAAAACCAGGCGGAGUGAUAUGCAAUGUGAUGAGAGAAGAAUAUUUGGUGAACGUGGAGGAAUACAAAGAAUGUCUUGAGCCACUGAUGAACUCAUUAGAAAAAGCAGGAAAGUGGACACUUGUGUCACGUGACGUCGUCCCAAACUAUUUCAUUGACCUGCCAGGGAUUGUAUACAUGUACAAAGUUAACUGACCUCUACAGACAGAUCCACUGACCUCCUCAUAGGCCUAUGAGGCAUCAUAGUCAGUAAUAAUUUAUCUCUUGCAAGGAAAAUAUAUUAGGAUAUAAGCAGAAGCCAUAUACCGAUAUAUGGUCUCUGGAUUUAAGUAAUAAAAGCUUCAUCACAUUAUGGGAUCAUGAUAUCAAUUAUAAAGUCAAUAAGAAAACCUAUUUUCUGUGAUACAUAUGCCUGUUCAGACAAAAAUAGAUAAGCGAUCUUGCAUACAAAUAGGACAUAAAUCCACAGU